AUGGCAAAUACCUCGCCUGAAGACCUCCUCGAGGACUGUGCCCAGGGACACGGAGCGGGCUACCGGGGCACGACGGCCGUGACCCGGCAGGGCACGGCGUGUCAGAUGUGGAGCAGCGAGACGCCACACAAACCCCUCUACUCUCCGACGACGCAUCCGUUGGCCGCGCUGGAGGAGAACUUCUGCCGCAACCCGGACAACGACACGAAGGGGCCGUGGUGCUACACCACAGACCCCCAACUCCGCUACGACUACUGCAGCGUGGAGGCCUGCGUACUGCCGCCCAGCGACGAGCGCACAGGUCAGACGUUUGAGGUGCGAGGCUACCGCAGGAGCGACGAGUCCUACAUCUUCUCGGCGACGCGGGAGGUCUACACCGUGACCUCUGUGUCGGAGUGCGCAGAGAAGUGUGAGGCCGAGACGGCCUUCACGUGCAGGUCGUUCGUGUUCACGAGUCUGGUGCAGGACUGCGCCGUGAUGCCUCUCAACUCGCUCAGCAAGUUCAAGAUGAGCCGCAAGGGAUACGUCCUCUACGAGAAACAGGACUUCCUGGAGGACUGCGUGGAGGGGAUCGGCAGCGGCUACCGCGGCACCGUCGCCAUCACCGCGACUGGGACCGACUGCCAGAAGUGGAGCUCCAACUACCCCCACAAGCCCAACUUCUCUUCGGCCACCCACCCCGACGCGGGGCUGGAGGAGAACUUUUGCCGCAACCCAGACGACGACCCCAAGGGACCCUGGUGCUACACCACGAGCCGCGACACGCGCUUCCAGUACUGCGGUAUCCGCACGUGUCCAGGCGAGACGCACACACAUCCACCGCCCUCUGACCAUCUCUAA